AUGUGCAAAAGGAAACAGCGAUUGCUCACUGAGCAGAGGCAUAAGCUGGAGCAGGAUACACUGGGAGGAGUGAAAGGCUUACUCUCUGCGAAGUUUGCCGAAAACCAUGAGCAGCUCCGGAAUGUUUACAAGGAGACCUCCUGCUGUAAGAGGGACGAUCUUAGGGAAGUUUGGAUGGACACAAUUGACGGAAAUAGCAGUAAAUGGAUGGACAGAUGUGCAGCUAUUGGAGAAAGGCUCAUCGCGGUGUCGGAUGGUACAGCAGAGGAGAGAGAGAAUCAGAAGAGGGAUGUCGACGGCAGCGUUGGGGAUGCAUUCCUCCAGAAGAUAGAGGAGCUCCAGAGUCGAAUUAUAGAGUGUUCUGCUGAGCGUGAGAGGGCGGAGCAAGAGUGGGGUGCUAUAAUGGAUAGUUCUUUCGAAGAGGUAAGACGAUUGCUGUCUCAAGAGAAGGGAAUACGUGAGGCUCUCUUGAACGGAAUACGAGUACCGGAUGCCCUUGA